AUGAUUAAGUUGAGGUCAAUGAGGUUUAGCCGAAGCAGCUCUAAGCUUGGGAACGGGAACAAAGCAGCACCACCCUCAGACAAGGAUUGCAGAAAUGUUGGUGAUAUCCAAUGGGAACUUAGGCCUGGUGGCAUGCUUGUUCAGAAAAGGGAUAGGAACCGAAGUGCAGGGGAGGGGAUGAUCACAGUUACGGUCUCAACUGUGUCACAAUCUCAUGAAAUUUCUAUUGAGGCCACAUCAACUUUUGGAGAAUUGAAAAUGAUUCUUUCACUGGUAACAAGCUUGGAGCCAAGAGAGCAAAGGCUUCUCUUCAAGGGUAAAGAGAAAGAUGAUGAUGAAUAUCUACAUAUGGCUGGGGUUAGAGACAAGGACAAAGUUCUUCUGUUGGAGGAUCCAGCUAUAAAGGAGAUGAAGCAGCUUGGCUUAAGAGAGCAAACUAUUAAUAAUCCUUUUUGUACCAUCAGAGUAUGA